AUGGGUGAAUCCGAUCAUCCUUCGAAUUUCGAACAUAACAGAAGGGAGUCUCAAGGGUCGACGCGAUUGUCAAUGCAAAUGCAGGACGACGAUGAAGAUGAUUAUGCUUUGGCAGCCUUGGGGAUUUCAAAUGGUGGUGGUUACAGACCAUCGGACUCAAAUCAACAUACAUACACGCCACCACCACCACGACCACAACCACCACAGCAAGAACAACCGCAGACUCAAUUAUCACCUUUAGAGAGGAGGAGAGCAUCAACACCACCGCCGCGACCGUCGAGUACAACAAAACCAAAAGGCAUUGAUUCGUUCGCUCUACGGCAUGAUGGUGGAAUGGGUGAAAUGUCAAGGGGUCCAACGUUCGCACCCCAAGGACAAAAUGGUUAUGGUAAUGGAAAUGGAUUGACAAGAUCAUCUACCGUAUCAAGUAUGUCAAGCGUAUCAAGCGAAUCAACAAUGAUGAGACCGGAAAGCCCAUACCGAGGACCUACAGGACCAUCGCAUCCAUAUAAUAUGUACAAUCAAGAAUCUCGAUUAGCGAGAACGGCGAGUAUAGCAACAACCUCGACAAGCCCGGCACCACCACAAGAAAUGUUGUACACGGGUCCCAGUGGACCAACACAUCCUUAUGGCAUGUACCCGCAGAGUACAGUUCCAGGUGAUUCUGAUCAUUUGCCCAUUGCACCUAUUCCGGUUGGUUUCCCUGGCCUUAACAAUGAUUAUCAACGAAGAUUAGGUCCGGAAGGUGAGGAGGCAGCGGAUCUCAUUGGACCUGAUGGACACACGGAGCAACUGCCACCUUACACUAAAUACCCGGAUGAGGCGUUUGCUAGGAAAUCACGACCUGCAUCUAUACCUGCACCUGUACCUACAAUUCAAAUGCCAGCUCCUAUUAUUCCCAUCUCUGGUGCUGGAGGUAUGGGACUAGCGACCCGAAAUCCAGAGUUUGCAUCACAAGAAGAUCUUCACUUAUCCCGUUCGCGUCAAUCGACCAGGAGUGUCAUGUCAGAUCGAAGUUCACAUCACAGCAAUAACGCCGACAUGGAAUAUUCUGAAAAGCCACCAUUAAAGAAAUGGCAGAUUGCUGCCAAAAGGAAAUUAUGUGGCAUCGUUCCUUUAUGGGUUGUCGUUUUAAUAGCAUUGGUCUUCAUUCUUUUUGGCAUCGUGCUAGGAACCGUUUUUGCCAUUCUGAGGCCAAGACAUAAUAAUGACAGCCCUAACAACCAGCCCUAUAAUGACCAAACAAGCCAAACAACAGUAUAUGCCACUAUGACCACCACAUUUGAUGCAACUCCACUUUCUACGGUGCCUGCUUUACUCCCAUCACUUCCAACCGGAACCUACAACAUGCCUCUCACUACUCCCUCAACUGCUCAAAGUAGUUGCAUCAUGAACACCUCCCAAAACUCUGCCUGGAGUUGCUCUAUCCCAAUGACACCCCUUGAAAUGUCUAUCGUAGAUAUUCCAGGAGGAAGUGCACUCGCCAAUAAGGAAAUUAUGAUGAACUAUGGCAAUGCAUCGUUAAACUUCUAUCCAUAUGGCGCCCAACCACCGAUUUUAUCCACUGCUCAGGUGCUUUCUCUCGUCAAUGAUUCACAAUAUCCUAGUCGAGGUCCAGCUUGGUUUUUCCAAAUGCCAUACAAUAAGGUAGUUGUGUUACCACAGAAAGCUCUUUCAACAACUAUGAAGCGUGGUCAGUCCGCUGCCGGUUUCAUGAAUCACAAAGGCGUAGCUCAAGCGGGAGAUCAACCUUGGUUUUGUUAUUGGAAUGGAACUAUCUUAGAGGCCUUCAUUUAUGUCAACGAAACUAGCAGCGGCGCAGACUCUACUGCUUCUAGUGGCUCAUCUCGAGGUAAUGGUGGUGGAUAUGGGACGAACACACAUUCAUCAGACGUUCCUUCUUCGACUACCCAAGCUCAAUCACAAAGCUCAUCUAGAUCUUCACAAAAUAAUCCCCAGUUCUUGCCACAAUACCCCAAAGUCUACAAAGUCGCCGAACGUCGUGUCCCUAGAGGUGGUCAAACUGUUCCAGCCUAUUGUGUAGCUCAUCAGAUUUUAUGGGAUGGUAAUGCUGCACCUUUAAUGAACUCAACUGGUCAGCCUAUUACUAUAUAUUUGAACGAGACGCAACCUACAACUUUGUCACCUCUACAAUCACGUAGUCUUGUCCCGGAUCUCUUUGAACGAGAUCUAGUAGAGCGAGACGGUGAUGAGAGUUGUGGAUGUGUUUGGCUAGAAUCUUGA